ACCCCGCCGCUGGGCUGGGUCUGCAGCCGGGCCGCUGAGCACAAUCCGCUGUGGUUAAUGAUUAAUCGCUGACCACCCCGCCUCCCGCAGCUCGGGAGAGGGUGCUCUGGGAAUGCGGACCAGGGCUCUCAAGUGCCGGCAGCUGGAAAGGAAGAGGAGUGCUGCGAGGCGGAGUGCGCCCUCGGCGAAGAGGGGCAGAGGCGGAGCGCCAGGUGCUGCGGUCUCACUCCCAGCCAGCCAGGAGUUUAGAACGUUCUUCCUCCGCCCUCUCCCCGCCUCGCCCCCGCCACAUACACUCCCAAACCUCAACACCCAGGCGCCUCCUGGGCCUCUCCUAGGUUGGGCUGCUCCAGGAAGUUUCCAUGAAAGCACCUGAAAUACUAAGUUACCUUCACGAGGAGAACUCGAGUGAGAUAAAAUCGUGCGCCCACGCAGGUGAGUUUGCAGCCAAGAAUUUUGGACGCUGCUGGGAGGAGAAAGGGAAGUUGAGAAAGUCUUUGGACGUGGUAGCCUGGUGCUCUUUCUCAUGGCUUCACCCAGCCUCCCGGGCAGUGACUGCUCCCAAAUCAUUGAUCACAGUCAUGUCCCCGAGUUUGAGGUGGCCACCUGGAUCAAAAUCACCCUUAUUCUGGUGUACCUGAUCAUCUUCGUGAUGGGCCUUCUGGGGAACAGCGUCACCAUUCGGGUCACCCAGGUGCUGCAGAAGAAAGGAUACUUGCAGAAGGAGGUGACAGACCACAUGGUGAGUUUGGCUUGCUCGGACAUCUUGGUGUUCCUCAUCGGCAUGCCCAUGGAGUUCUACAGCAUCAUCUGGAACCCCCUGACCACGUCCAGCUACACCCUGUCCUGCAAGCUGCACACUUUCCUCUUCGAGGCCUGCAGCUACGCUACGCUGCUGCACGUGCUGACGCUCAGCUUUGAGCGCUACAUCGCCAUCUGUCACCCCUUCAGGUACAAGGCUGUGUCGGGACCUUGCCAGGUGAAGCUGCUGAUUGGCUUCGUCUGGGUCACCUCUGCCCUGGUGGCACUGCCCUUGCUGUUUGCCAUGGGUACUGAGUACCCCCUGGUGAACGUGCCCAGCCACCGGGGUCUCACUUGCAACCGCUCCAGCACCCGCCACCACGAGCAGCCCGAGACCUCCAAUAUGUCCAUCUGUACCAACCUCUCCAGCCGCUGGACCGUGUUCCAGUCCAGCAUCUUCGGCGCCUUCGUGGUCUACCUCGUGGUCCUGCUCUCCGUAGCCUUCAUGUGCUGGAACAUGAUGCAGGUGCUCAUGAAAAGCCAGAAGGGCUCGCUGGCCGGGGGCACGCGGCCUCCGCAGCUGAGGAAGUCCGAGAGCGAAGAGAGCAGGACCGCCAGGAGGCAGACCAUCAUCUUCCUGAGUGAGUCCUAAGUCGGGGGCAACACGUGAGCAGCUUCCCAACCUUCCCCCACGACCCGUGCCACUGCCUGUGGCCCUCUCCAGGGGAGGUCUUGCCCUAGAAUUGCACACUUAAGUUUACUAAGGUGGAAGAGUCUUGUAGCAGUAUGAGGGCAUUGCUCUGGGUCUCUGGAUGUUUCUUUUCUGUGUUUCGGGGAUUCAUGGUAGAUUAUGGUGAAAAGAGCACGAGACCAGAAGCCAGAAAGUCUGGGUAUAUUCCAGAACAUCACUGCUGUGACCUUUGGGAAGUCACAAAAAUCUUUGGUAAAAUGGGGACAAUAAUACUAGAGAAUAUGACGGACAAAUUAGGUAAUGCAGGACAGGUGAAAGUCCUUUGCAAAAGACCAAGUUCUGCAGAGAUAAAGGGAACCGUCUUAUCUAGCUCUUUUACCCGGGGAAGCCUUUCUUGUGCAAUUAGAUUUUGUUCCCAUUUUUCUCCUCCUUUGGAGAAAGCAGGCUGUGAGCGACACACACUCUCGGGCUGCUGUUUUAUUCCUUGGAGCCUCUUCGACCCAAUCUUAAGACAUGGGAGCUCUCAGCACUCCCCAGGGCUUGGGUUUCUGCCACUGUGGGUCUGUUCCUUACCAGACCAGAGCAACCUGGCAGGACGGCCUGUUUAUCUGAUCCAGAAAAUCUGGCUUCACCGAUUCCUAGGAUUUGAAUAAUCACCUCACAGACCCAAUUCUUACGCUUGUUUUCUAAACUUUUGUUGUGAUACAAGUAUUUAAAGUUGAGGCCUCGUCUAUUUAAAAAGAGCCCACAGGUCUGUUGACCCCAGAGCCUUCAGAAGAGGGGCCUAGUGGCUGGGAGACAAGGCUUUAAUGGAGACACAUGAAAUGUGUGUGAACAAAGGGUUUUAAAAUAUAUUUUUUUAGCAGAAACAAUAAAAAGGAUGUAUUGUGGGUGUGUGAGUCAAAAAGGAAUAGAUAUAACAAACAUUUCCCUUCUUCCCUCUUCCCUGUGGCAUCAGGAAAAGGAAUAAAUCAUGGUGCUGUUUGUUUUGGUGUGGGCAACUGGGCAGCAGGUUCCAGGGACAGGAGGUAGACAUGAGAGAGAGUUGGAAGGCACUUGGAGAAUGAUGGAAAGACCUGGGUCUUUCCUCAGACCAGCCCCUGGCUUCCAGUGUGUCAUUAAUUGUUAAAAGCUUAGGGUCUAAUUUUACUCUUUAUUCGAUUUGAAAUAAUUGCCCUAAUGAAUUUCAAAGUACUCAGAGGCAGCCAUGGAUUGCCCCCAGGGAGCUGGGCUUUGAGAGCUGUGGCAGGUGACCAGCUGACUUGACUUUACUCUGUGUCUGCACAAAAUGAGAAUAUUUGGAUGCUACUCUGCAUUAGGGGCUGUGCCAGGUGACUGAUAUUUCCAUCUUCUAGAGGAGGAAUUUGAGACUUAGAGAAGACCUAGUUCAGAAUCACCUCAGUGCAGCUCCAAGAGUCCCACUGUGCUUUUCAGGGCAGAGAAAUGCAUGUCUGUUUGUGACUUUCACAGGCGUGUGGUGAAAGGAAAAUGAAACAAGGCAGGACUUUGACAAGCAUAGGUAAGCCUGAUGGUGUUGCUGCCUCUUAGGGCCAGCCUUUCUGGAAGUUGUAGUAGGUAACGUUAUCUUGGGACAUGGGAAGCGUACCCAACUCAGUCUAUCACCCACUGGUUGCUACUACUCAAAUAUUACAGAGAGGAAUGGACAUUGUAUUUGCUUAAAGCUUGAGUGUUUGUUGAAAUACUAGUUCUCCCUUCCUCCAUAAAUAUUCCCUUAGGCAUAUCUUAAACUGUAAGGUGUAAUUUAUACUUUAGUGUGAGUUAAUUAAAUUUCCUUUUUUUUUUUGAUCGGAGGAGACUGGCAUGAGUGGAUAAGAAUUAGGGGUAGAUAAGCAUUAGCAAGUGGUCUUCAAGUAUCUCCCAGUCUAACUUAGGAAUUAAGGCUGCCUUUGACCAAAGGGAAAAUCAUUGAUUUAUCGUUACUCUAUUUGACCAAUCUCUGUGUUUCCUGUAUUUCUCUGAGUAGAUGUCUGUUCUCCCCACAGCGGGUGCUCCAAGUUAAAGCCAGUCUCCAUUUGCAGCAUAAAAUCAGAAUGCCACAGACUUUUAUUUAGAGAUGGAUAGGACCUUGGAGAUCAUCAGAUCCCAUUAGUAAUUGUCUGGAAUGAGUUUGUUCUUGCUGCUGCUCUCCUUCUUUCCUUCUGGCUCUUUCUUUCCUAUACCAACUGUAUGUUAAUCGCCCACUGUGUUCUCAGCAUAAAGAUUGUUGAAUGGCAAUCAGGUGCUCAAUGUGCGAUAAUGUCCUGGGGGAAUUUACCGUUUGUAUUUAGCCCAUUUUCUCUGCGGUAGGUUUUCAAAGCAGUUCUCGCAAAUGUCCUCCUCUCCCAAUGAAUUUCAAAGAGCUUUUAAAAAUAGGAACCUCACUAAUUAACUCAAGUUAGGAAAUAAAUUAAUGGAGUGAAGAGGAAGAAAUCAUGGCCUGCAUUCAUCAGAUUAAUACAAUGCAAUUUACUUUGUAAGUUUCAUAAAACUUGUGCUUUGGGGCAUUUUUAACCCAGAACAAAUGAACAUAUAAAUUGUUUACAAAUCGCUGAAUUUAAUAUAGUAAUUUAGUUGUCUUUUUAGUAUUUCAUUUCACAGAUGGAUCAAAUUAAAAUAAAUAUUUGCUUAUUUCAAACAUUUUAAAUUUAAUGUGAAAUGUAAAUGGCGACAUAUCACAAGUAGUUCUUGGAGCUCUUAAGGCAAUAAAGAAAACAAUUAAGACUGUUCGCCGAUCGUUGUUAAAAAUGCUAACUUCUGCAUGACAGAAACAAAAUUCAUAAAUCUACCCAAGAUGAGGAAGCCCAUGUAAAAAAUAUUAAUUUUCCUUCAUCUUUCCCUAUUGUGCCUCAGUCUAGUCGAUGUGCUGGGCUGGUGAAUAAGGAAAACACAUUGGGAACUCUGGGAGAGAAAGAGAGGCUGGGAUACCUACUAGCUCUCAAGCAAUUUACAGGAGAACACAAUAAUGAUGCAAAAGUGCACAUUCCUGGAAAUAGGAGUGUCUUGUCUUGCCUCUUGUCAGCCCAGUGACAAAUCAGUACUAGACUUGGUUUCUGUUUCAAGGUUACAGCCAGUGUGGCAUGGUAAUAUUUGUCCGAUGUCAGAACAGAGGUUGCUGGUCUGGAUUUCUGCCUCUUCUGGAGAAAAGGAACUGAUAAUUUGAUUAUCUGUCCUGUCCCUUCAAUGAUGAGGAUGUGUAAAAUGAGACUUCCUUUCAAGCAAGUCUUUCCCCAGACCUCCCAUCUUCUCUUUCUGAAGUCUCCUUUGGAGUUGUUCUCAAUGCAGAUAGCAUCCAGGUCUGUGGACACUUGUGUGUGUCUAUUGCACACAUGGCUUGCUAUCAAGUGUCACCCACUGAAAGUGGAAUGACAAAGUAAUUUUUAAAAAAGCAUAGUUUUAAUUUGUAUAAUAACUUUCAAGUGAUUGGGACUCAGUUACAACUACCUCCUAGAGAACUAGAGGGCAGUGAUUGGCUUUCAACUAUAGUUAUGAAAAAAGAUUUUUACAGACAAUCAUGAGGUUAUUAAAUAAAAGAAACAUCAUAGAAGAUUCAUAACUCUAGAAUAAUUACACUCUUUUGCAUUCUGAUUUGCUCUCCUGAGUCAGAAGGAAAGGGAAGGAGUUACAUCUAGUGGCAGGGAUUACACAUCAACUUGGUUUGCUCAUAUUGAAUAUAGACAUUAUUCAUCACGUGUAUUUGGAUGGAACAAAGGUUAGCAGUUGCUGCUGAAAUGAACUACUCUAAAAAUAAGGUUGAUAUACAUUUAGAUAUUUGUGGCAUUGUUCAGGGAGAAGCAAAGAGAAGGAGCUCAGAAUCACAUCCUCUGGGUUUUUAGACCACAGAAUUAGGUCAAACCAAGCAGGGCCAGGGAAGAAGAAGAGAGAAGAGAGAAGAGAAGGUAGAGGGUAGAGGGGAAUGAGAUAUUGACAGUGGGUCCUCUUUACCUGAGGACAAUCGUUACCUGAAAAGAACUCAUAAAGUUGGUUCCUUUAAAGUGGGGUUGAAAACAUUUGAAAAGAGGUCUCAUUGGGACUUGAAAGUGAAAAUUAUGAAAAUAAAUUUAUUUGUAUGUUACAAAUAUAAGUUAUAGUUACAACUAUAUAUUCUUAUAAUGAUUAUUCAGAAUGAAUCCAAUGUGGCUUGAGGGCACAAUUUUUCUAACAAAACCAUCUGAUAACCUUUGUGUUUUAUUUUCUCAGUAAGAUUAUAAAAAGGGCCUCUCUUCAUUCUUUGCUAUUUAAAUCACCUUCAUGGAAGCACCUAUCCUUGCAUUAUCCUUAUCAGUUUUCCAUUCUUUCAUAAUUAUCUGGUCUAAUUUGAGCAAAUCUUUACUUGUCAGUGGCUUGGCAUUUGAAUCAUCUGUUUCUUCAACUUCCUUUUCAUUGACUUCAUGAAAUUCUGUACCCUGUGUGCAGGCCAUAACCAAAAAUAUAAUUAAUUUAAAAACCAAUCCCUAUACUGUAUAUUUCGUAUUACACAGAAGUGGAUGCCUUGAAAUGCUUUGACAGUGCCCAUAAGAAUUUUUAGUAGUUGUUUUCUUCACUAGGUUAAAUGCUUAUCUUACAAUCAUGUUUUCAUCAUUAGUUUUCUUAGCAAAGGCUUUUUAUUUGAUAUAAAAGGAUAUGUCAACACAGUCUUUGAGGGAAAUACCAUCAACAUUAAAUUAGUGACUUUUUUAGUGUAAGAUAUUUUGACUCCAAUGUUUCAAUAUUUCAGAAAAAAGUUUUGCCUCAAAUAUUCAGAUUAUCACCUCCAUUCCCUUUUCCCUUUAUUGAUGUAUAUGUGGCUAUAAUAAAUGGUAUUUUAUGUUUAUUUCCCUAUUUGUGAUAGCUUUCAUAAAUUGCAAGUGUCCUGUGAUCAGCCUGGCAGACAAAUAUAAUAAUGCUGCAUUAUUUUUAUAAUCAGGCUGUCUCAAAGAUUUCAUUUCUCUGUUGGAGAGAUGCAUAGUUUCCGAGGAAGGGGAGAUUGAAAUCCCAGUCCCCAUUUAUUAGCAAGCCUGUUCAUCUGUCAGCCUCCUGGGGGCUGCUGAAGUGUAAUAAGAGAGGCCUCAGUUGCACAAAGCAUUUGGCUUAUUAGUGCUAAAACCAUUCAGAAUAAAAGCCAUUUACGAGUUGAGACAGCGCCGUGGAAGAAUAUUGAAUUGGGAGUCAAGGAGCCCCUCUGGCUGUACAAGGCAAGGUCCGCUGGUCUACCAUUUGGAGGACACUGUCGACUCCUAUCCCUUUUCCCUCUGCACACGUCCCCUGCCAGGCUGCAGCCCUGGGACCACUCAACUGACUCUCCACCUCUACUCUUGGCUAUUUACUGAGGACUGGAGACAAGACCGGUCAUCCUUUGUGCUGCACAUUCUUGUGAAUGAAUGGUAUUCAGCCUCACCUGGGCCCUGCCCUCUGGCGGACACUUCCUUUGCAAGCACUUUCAAAGAGCUCUGCCUCCCAUGCUACUCUUUCUACUUUGUUUCCAGCAAGCCUGCUCUCUGAGUGAGGGUCCUUGACUAAGGUAUCAUUACUGGAAAAAUCUCCAUCUAUUCUUGUCUGUGUCUGGGCUGUUCACACUGCAACCACUGGGAUCUUGUUGACAUCCGCAUCUCUGACCCCAGCAAAGUGAAGCCAGUCAGUGGUUUCCCAUGGCUCUUAUGUCAACCACAGACCAAAACUUGACAUAAGGCCCUCAUAUCAGCUGCUUCUCCAACUCUAUCAAGUGCCGUUCUCCCCUUGUAUUAAUCCGCUCUGGCCAGGGUAACAAUAUGCUACAGACUGGAUGCCUUGAACCAUAGACAUUUAUCUUCCCACAGUUCUGGAAGCUAGGAGUCUGAGAUCAAGGUGCAGCAGGGUUGGUUUCUUCUGAGGGCUUUCUCCUUGGUUUGCCUAUCCCUUUUUCCUCUGCACACAUCGCCUGCCAGGCUGCAGCCCUGGGACCACUCAAUGGACUCUUCACCUCUACUCUUGGCUAUUUACUGAGCACUGGAGACACGAUUGGUCAUCCUUUCUGCUGCACAUUCUUGUAGAUGAAUAGCUGUCUUCUCAUUGUGUCCUGACCUGGCCUUCUCUGCACAUGUGUUCUCCUGGUGUCUCUUCCUCUUCUUAUAAGGAUGCUGGUCUUAUCAGAUUAGGGCCCCACCCUUACAACUUUAUUUUACCCGAAUUACCUCCCAAAGGCCCAAUCUCCAAAUACAAUCACACCGGGGCUUAGGCCUUCAACAUGUGAAUUUUCAGGGGACACAGUUCAGUUUAUAACACCCCUUAACUGCCUUAUUCCACUGGCUCCCCUUCAAGUUCUUCAAGUGACCAUGACUGGCUCUCUUCCCCCAUGCUGCCUGUGUAUGGGUUGUUUCCUCUGCCUGGCGUGCUUUUCUAUCUUACUCUACUCUCUACCUGCUCCCCACUUCCAUCCCCUUCCCCAGGUUAAUAUCUUUCUCCUCUCUCAGAUCUCCCCAGGGAAGCUGGCCCAUCCUCCCUGACUUCAUUAAACCUCCCACAAAACAAGACUCACUGUUGUCAUUUUACAUUUAAUUGUGCAAUUACUCGACUGAUGUCUGUCUUCCUUCUAAUUCCUUGUGGAUAGGUGCACGCCCUAAUUUCCCUCAACGCUGUACCUCAUUCCAGCAUAGUGUCUAGACAUAGUAGGUAAUGAAUAUUUGUUGACUGAACAAAUGAAUGAACGAGCCUCAGCUUGGAAUUGAGAAACAAUGUUCUGUUUUCCCUUGGGCAUGCAUUCGUAUAGAGGUUUAUCAUUCCUCAAAAGUGUUCUGGUUCAUCUGAACCAAAGAUGCUAUCUUUGAAAGGGUUAUGAUUCCUCUGAGGCCUCUGAAGUCAAACCAACAUGCAAAACAUUUAGGAUUUGCUUGCCCCUGAGCAAAUGAACACUAUGUGCUAAUCAGACCCUGAAUGUUAGCUUUAACCAUGUAUAUCUGCCAGAAGUAACCGUGAGAUGAAAGUGACUAGGGUGGUGAAUGGUCCUUGUUAAACUCUAUUGAACAAGAUGUUAAAUGCAAUGAUACAACUCUAAACAUUAUUUCUUAGCAGGCUCUUUCACCACUUGUUAACAAGGGGUCCUCAAGGUAAUGAGGAUACAGUGGGGGUGACAUUUUGAAAAUAUUAAACCAAUGUGUUUAUGUCUCCACCUUAAAUUGCAUCCACUUGCAGCCAUCUCUCUCAAGAGUGAGCCACACUUAUCACCCCAGGGAAGGAAUAAGCAGCUACUGCCUGGGACAAAGGUGUUGUGGAUCCAUCCUGGGUCCAGAGGAUGGAAUUACUGACCUCUUUAGCUGAGCAAUUAUCUUAAAAGCCAGACUUUGUGAAGGAUGAAAAACGAUUGCCUAACUUCAUAUCUCUCCCUUUAAUGUAUCAUGAGCCCAGCCUAGUGGACUGGAUCAGCCAGUUCCAGAUGAAACCAUAGCUAAGGGGUUUGGAAUUUAUCCUUGGAAGCCAUUGCAGGGUUUUAAGAAGUUAAACAGCACAGUUGGAUUUCUAGUGCUGCCCCUAGAGUGACAGCAUUUGUUGCAUUCCAAUUUGGGUCAAAGUACAGGCCUGGCUGUGUUUAUAGAAUAAAAAAACAGACAACCCUUCAUUGGAACACAGUUCUGGCAGAGCAGCUGACACUGGUGAGUUCUCCUUUCCAUUAGGCAGACCUCUGGCCCUUGGUUUCUCCAAGUCUUGCUGCUGCCACUGUCCUCCAUGGCCGGACAGUGACUGCUUCCAUUCAGCAACUCCCACUUUCCCAGCACGGAGGCCCAAACCGCCCCCAUGUUGCUCAGGCCCUGAUUAGGAGGUGGCCCUAGGGAGCUAAACUAGGUCACAGUAGCUCUCACCUGUCAUCUCUAUUGCUCAAUGGUCUAUUCGUUCUUCAACGACAAUCUCCAGCUACGACCAACUCAUAUAUCUCCCAUGACAAAACUUCCUACCACUUACACUAGCAUUCUGCAUAUGAUAUAUCUCAAUGCCUCCCACUUCUUCUAUGAAGCCUUCCUGGACUACGACAGCCUAUACUGAUCUUCCUAUGCAUGGUGAGCCAUCUUAGACAUUUCUCAGAAGGGGGCACAGAUGAUGUCUCUCGACUAUAUUGGAACUCCCUAAGAUCAGGGACCCUUCACUGUUGUACAUCUUCAACCUUCCUUACUGGGUUGGGGGCAGAGUAGCCAUGCACUGCUUGAGAGAUUGAUGGAUUGAAGUUCUCUGACAGUGGCUGCUGCUCCUGAAAUGGAGGAAAAGCACCCUCACUGUGAUCCUCAGGCAGCUCUCUUGGCUCUACCUUCCUUUCCUUCUUUCCCUGUGCUAGGCAGAAUUCUGAAAUGGCCUCCAAAAUGCCUGGUCCCUAAGGUAUACGUAUCUUCUCCCAGUUAUUCAAUCAAACACUAAUCUAGUGCUGCAAGGAAGGAAAGUAAUUAAGUUCCCAAAUCUGUUGACCUUAAAAUAGGGAGAUUUUCUGUGUGGAUUUAACCAAGUCACAUGAGCCUUUAAAUCUGGGUCUAGAGGUCAGAGGCAGGAGAACUAAGAGAGUCAAAGCAUGAGAGGCAUUUGACCAGGGAUAAAUUCUCUGUUGCUGGCUUUGGAGAUGGAGGGAGCUGGCAGAGAAUAUAGGUAGGUUCUAGGAGCUGAGCACCAGCAAGAAAAUGGGCCCUGAAUAAGCUUAGAGGUAAAAUUCCCCCCCAGAACUUCUAGAAAAGAACUCAGCCUGGCCUACAUGUUGAGAACCCAGGCAUACCUUGCCUGGAUCUCUGAUCUACAGAUUUGUGUGCUAAUAAAUAGGUGUUAUUUUAAGCCACUAAAUUUUUGAUAAUUCACUAUGUACCAAUAGAAAACGAAUGGAUUCACUGAACUCUGCUGAAAGGAGCUCCCAGGUAAACACAUGUCCUACCUUAGUUAUAACUUCCAAGACAGGUUCAAUCUCCAGAAGCUUCUCUUUGAAAAGUCUCACCUUCCAAGAAUUGCCUUUGGCCCAGCCAUUCACAGAUCCACCAACCACUUGUUGGUCACCUGCUCAGUGCUCAGUGAUCUGGAAGUUUAACAAGAUCCAGGGCACCAUGGAAUGUUCACUGGACUUUUAGGCUCUCGUUUGGAGAAUUACAAAAUUUGUGGGUUUGAGUCCCACUGGCUGGAUUUUCAGAAUGCUGAUGCCUUGAUAGUCAGAAAGGAAAACGGUAUUGAAUUGAUCUUAUAAUUAUCAUCCUUUUGGUAGCUCUAUUUCAUCAUAGCCUGGCAAUGACUAGGCGCUGCAUAAAGGUUUGGUGGAUAAGCUGAUGCCUAGGCAGCUCUGCUGCUUUCCAGAGUCCUCCUCACCAGAAGGGAGAUGCCUGUACCCCUCAUCAUUUGGCUUCAGAUGGAAAAAGUGUGUCAGGGAGGAAGCCAACCCUGGUGCUGAAGCAAGUCUGAAUAACAGAAAUGUCUUGGGCUAACAGACUUUAUCAUUUUCUGAUUUUAGAGCCUUUCCUGAUUUAGAAACUUGACAAAAAGUCUUGUUUGUACUUACUGAGUGUAAGAGCCAUUCUGGCAAGCAGAGGGUUUAACACUCAGGCCACUGCUUUGCACACCGCAAAGGUGGCUGGGUAGUUGGAGAGCAGUGGUGUUACUGGUACCUAACAGACAGAUCGGGAGGCAAGGCUGCAGCAUCAAAGUUGCCAUUGUACUUGUUCAAUGUCUAACUGUCCAUGAAACUAACGGCAUGCAGAAAUGGGGGCAGGCCCAGCUGGGAGUGAUGACGCUCAUUAAACUUGCAGAGAGAAGCCACUCUCUUUCUUUAGUGAAGAGGAAAAAGAUCAACUCUGCUUUAGAAAUAAAACACUUUACACAGGGUGCUUGAGCCAGAG